UGUUUCACGCCUUCGUAGUUUCAUUGUAUUUAAGCGCAACUUUAACAGUAGUUACCGGGAAACCGCCACACUUUCGUAUACUCGCACCAGAAUUUGUGUGUCCAAAAGAAGAUGACACAAGCCCGACGGAUAUUGACAACACCAUUAUUACCCUCGGAACCUCCGCGGAUGCAAAGCUGGACAUGCGCUGGACGGUACGCUGGACACCUCUUCCGGCACCCUCACAGCGAUUUACCCUCAUGCUGUGGCGAGCGACGCGGGAGUUGGAGAAAAAACUAAAUGGACCGCAGAAGGAACCCUAUGUCUACGUCAUAGAAAACGAUGAGCUCCUUAGUGGCGUCGACUACAAAUUCAACGUGACAGCAUCAAACCCAGACGGUGAAGAGACCACCAAGACCUUCCACAUCAACAACGUUAAAGGCGACCAGCUGCUACAAAACCUGGAAGGACGGACGGGCAUGCUGUCCAUCAUGCUGGUCGGCGGACAGGAGACGUACGCUGAUGUCGAGUUUAUGAUGGAUGCGCUGGUCACGACUUGUCAUCCAACGCAGGAUUAUUAUUUUGAAUGGUCAGCUGAAAGCGCUGGUCACAAAAUAGCCGUAUCGCCGGGAGGCCGAUUGGAGUUGCCCGCAUACUCGCUCAGAGCCGGCUUGACCUACCUCGUCACGUGUCGGGUUGUGAGCUCGGCCGGGGAACUCAUUACUCAGAAUAGUUUACCCAUCACGGUUCUGCAGCGUACGCACGAGGUGUAUUUAAGCAUAGACUAUUUAGAAGUCAGCGUCAAUACUGCAUUCACUUUGGAUUCUAUUGUAUUGAAUCACGACUACGUUGAAAAUUCCUUUUCAUACCAAUGGGCAUGCUCUUACGAAGGAGAAGACUGUAGUUUCUUUACAAGCAUUGAUAGUGGUACGUUGAAUUUGGAUAGCGGUUUGCCAACCGCAGGAAGGUACGAAAUCACCCUCACUGUAAACAUCCAUAAUCACUCCGCGUCCGCCAGUGCUGUCAUUGUUGCUGUCCAACAUGUUUCACCGGUGAUACAGAUAAAUCCGCUGCCAAGGACUCUGAACGAAGGCACCAGAACAUCGCUAGUGGCUAACGCCAGCAACGCGACGCCGAUCUGCUCCCUGACCUGGUAUUUCGCUUCCGAAGAGUAUUUGGAGUCUCGGAAACAUACCCUGAAUGACACUUGCGAAGAUUAUCAGCAUGGAGUACCUCUCACCGAAACUUUAACAAUCUUCUCCCUCGAAGAGAACUUCCUCUACUACUUAACCGAUUUCUCAAACGAGACCGAAUGGCGGCAGAUCACAGCCGAGAUGCCAGCAGCUGCCGGCCGUGCAAGAUUCGUAGUGGAGUGUGGGUGCACCCAUAUUCUUGACUGUCAGAGUGAAGGGACCGUCUUUGCUGAUGUGUUCUUCAAAAUUAAUGGAAUUUCGACAGCAAAUAAUGUGAUGGUAACUCCUGACACCGGUACAGCGCUGGAGACGCUCUUCCGCAUCAGCACCCUGGCCGUGGUGGACGGCGAUACUCCCCUGUAUUACACGUUCCGCUGCCGAGUGGGGGUCAACAGCUCGCUGGUGUUGGGCGCUUAUGCUGACCACCUGGCUGUGGAAACCUUCUUGCCUUAUAUGGAACACGGCGUCGAAGUAUGGGUGGAAGUGUGCGAUGUUCUUGGAGCGUGUUCGCAGAGCGCGCCCAAAGUUCUCGACCUUCUGACCGGAGAUGGCGCCUCUGUCGACGAGUUGCUUCAAGAUGUGCAUGCGCAUAUUAGGCGAUGCGAACUGAUGCAAUUACAGAGAGUGAGCGUUACUGCUAUUGUUACUUAUGAAAACGCUCACCACACUGAGGCGUCAAUAAAGUUCUGCACAAGCAUCCUCAACGUAUUGCCUUCGACCCAAGGAGAACAUUGUCUGAAGACAAAACCGGACCGUUACGAAGCGUUUCUAAUGCAGCUCACUGAAGUGGGUUGUGACGCGUCACAGUUAAUCAAUAGUUAA